GGCGGGCGGAAGGCGGGCGUUGUCGCGGAGGAGCCAGGGCCUGUGGGCUUAGGAGGCCGCGCAGUCUCAGCUGUCUUUUUUAGUAUUUAGGCGAUUAUUGAACAUUUAUCUGCAGACCUGACUUUUGUUUAUUUACCACACUCCAGACUUCUGUAGGUCUAGCGGCUGGUGCACGCUGGUGUCGUUUGCGACAGCCUGACAACCCGGAGGAAACAUGCCUUCUGAGGCGUUCUAUUUGGCUGCCCAGUCUCGACUUGACUCCAAAUGGUUGAAAACAGAUAUCCAGCUUGCAUUCACGAGAGAUGGACUCUGUGGUCUGUGGAACGAAAUGGUUAAAGAUGGAGAAAUUGUGUACACUGGAACAGAAUUAACACAGAAUCGAGAGCUCCCUUCUAGAAAAGAUGAUGGUGUUGAUACUCAGAGUGGAACCAAGAAAGAAGAUCUUAAUGACAAGGAGAAGAAGGAGGAAGAAGAGACACCUGCACCUGUGUAUAGAGCCAAAUCAAUCCUGGAGAGUUGGGUGUGGGGCAAGCAGCCAGAUGCGAAUGAACUGAAGGAGUGUCUUUCUGUGCUGGUUAAAGAGCAGCAAGCCCUGGCUGUCCAGUCAGCUACCAGUACACUGUCAGCCUUGAGGUUGAAGCAGAGGCUGGUGAUCCUGGAGCGGUAUUUCAUUGCCUUGAACAGAACUGUUUUCCAGGAGAAUGUCAAAGUUAAGUGGAAAAGCAGCAGCAUUUCUGUGCCUCCCUCGGAGAAGAAAAGUGCGCGUCCUACAGGCAGAGGGGUAGAAGGACUUGCCAGAGUUGGAUCCCGGGCAGCGCUCUCCUUUGCUUUUGCCUUCUUGCGCAGAGCCUGGCGUUCAGGGGAGGAUGCAGAUCUCUGCAGUGAGCUCCUGCAGGAGUCCCUGGAUGCCCUUCGUGCUCUUCCUGAAGCCUCUCUCUUUGAUGAGAGCACAGUAUCCUCUGUGUGGCUAGAGGUGGUAGAGAGAGCAACGAGGUUCCUCAGGUCUGUUGUGACUGGGGAUGUUCAUGGAGCACCAGGGACUAAGGGACCUGGAGGGGUUCCUCUACAGGAUCAGCACUUGGCUUUGGCCAUCCUGCUGGAAUUGGCUGUUCAGAGAGGCACACUUAGCCAAAUGUUGUCUGCCAUCCUGUUGCUGCUUCAGCUGUGGGACAGUGGGGCACAGGAAACUGACAAUGAGCGUUCUGCCCAAGGUACCAGUGCCCCUCUUUUGCCUCUGCUGCAGAGGUUCCAGAGCAUCAUCUGCAGUAAGGACAUGCCACAUGCAGAGAGUGACAUGCAUCUUUUAUCUGGCCCUCUGAGCCCCAAUGAGAGUUUCCUAAGGUACCUCACUCUUCCACAAGAUAAUGAACUUGCCAUUGACUUAAGACAAACUGCAGUUGUUGUCAUGGCUCACUUAGACCGUCUGGCUACCCCCUGUAUGCCUCCUCUGUGUAGCUCUCCAACAUCUCAUAAGGGAUCAUUGCAGGAGGUUAUAGGUUGGGGGUUAAUAGGAUGGAAAUACUAUUCCAAUGUGAUUGGUCCGAUCCAGUGUGAAGGCCUUGCCAGUCUGGGAGUAAUUCAGGUUGCCUGUGCAGAAAAACGUUUCUUGAUCCUGUCCCGCAACGGCCGUGUGUACACACAGGCUUACAACAGUGACAUGCUGGCUCCACAACUGGUGCAAGGUCUUGCCUCCAGAAACAUUGUGAAAAUUGCUGCCCAUUCUGAUGGUCAUCACUACCUGGCUCUGGCUGCCACAGGGGAGGUGUACUCCUGGGGCUGUGGGGAUGGCGGAAGGCUUGGCCAUGGGGACACUGUGCCUCUGGAAGAGCCCAAAGUGAUUUCGGCUUUCUCAGGAAAGCAGGCUGGGAAGCAUGUGGUGCACAUAGCAUGUGGGAGCACAUACAGUGCAGCCAUCACUGCUGAGGGGGAGCUGUACACCUGGGGCCGUGGAAACUACGGCCGCUUGGGCCAUGGCUCCAGUGAAGAUGAGGCCAUUCCAAUGCUGGUGGCUGGACUUAAAGGACUAAAGGUCAUCGAUGUUGCGUGUGGGAGUGGGGAUGCUCAAACCCUGGCAGUGACUGAGAAUGGCCAAGUGUGGUCUUGGGGAGAUGGUGACUAUGGGAAGUUGGGUAGAGGUGGAAGUGAUGGCUGCAAAACCCCAAAACUGAUUGAAAAACUUCAAGAUUUAGAUGUCAUCAAAGUUCGCUGUGGAAGUCAGUUUUCUAUUGCUUUGACAAAAGAUGGCCAAGUUUAUUCAUGGGGAAAAGGUGACAAUCAGAGGCUUGGACAUGGAACAGAAGAACAUGUCCGUUAUCCCAAGCUCUUGGAAGGUUUGCAAGGGAAGAAGGUGAUUGAUGUGGCUGCAGGCUCCACCCACUGCCUUGCUCUGACAGAAGACAGUGAGGUACACAGCUGGGGGAGCAAUGAUCAGUGCCAGCACUUUGACACUUUGCGUGUGACCAAGCCAGAACCUACUGCACUGCCGGGACUGGACACCAAACAUAUUGUUGGAAUUGCCUGUGGGCCUGCCCAGAGCUUUGCAUGGUCAUCUUGUUCUGAGUGGUCCAUUGGCCUUCGUGUCCCUUUUGUGGUGGACAUCUGCUCAAUGACUUUUGAGCAGCUGGAUCUCCUCCUGCGUCAAGUAAGUGAGGGAAUGGAUGGCACUGCUGACUGGCCCCCACCACAAGAGAAAGAAUGCAUGGCUGUGGCCACACUGAAUCUUCUCCGACUUCAGUUGCAUGCUGCCAUUAGUCACCAGGUUGACCCGGAAUUCCUUGGUUUAGGUCUGGGCAGUGUGCUCCUGAACAGCCUGAAGCAGACUGUGGUGACCCUGGCCAGCAGUGCAGGUGUGCUGAGUACUGUGCAGUCAGCUGCCCAGGCUGUGCUGCAGAGUGGCUGGUCUGUGCUACUACCCACAGCUGAGGAGCGUGCCAGGGCGCUCUCAGCACUCUUGCCCUGCACAGUUUCAGGCAAUGAAGUGAAUAUAAGUCCAGGUCGUCGAUUCAUGAUUGAUCUUUUAGUUGGCAGCUUGAUGGCUGAUGGAGGAUUAGAGUCAGCAUUAAAUGCAGCCAUUACUGCAGAAAUCCAGGAUAUAGAAGCAAAAAAAGAAGCACAGAAGGAAAAAGAAAUUGAUGAACAAGAAGCCAAUGCCUCAACAUUUCAUAGAAGUAGGACUCCUCUUGAUAAAGACCUAAUUAAUACUGGGAUCUAUGAAUCGUCUGGCAAACAGUGUUUGCCUCUAGUUCAACUCAUACAGCAACUUCUUAGAAACAUUGCUUCUCAGACUGUAGCCAGGCUGAAAGAUGUUGCUCGCAGGAUCUCAUCGUGUCUGGACUUUGAGCAGCGUAAUUGUGAGAGAUCUGCUUCAUUGGACCUGUUACUGCGCUUUCAACGCUUGCUCAUCAGUAAACUUUAUCCUGGAGAAAAUAUUGGUCAGAUCUCAGAUAUUUCCAGUCCUGAGCUAAUGGGUGUUGGCUCUUUGCUGAAAAAGUACACAGCCCUUGUGUGCACACACAUUGGAGACAUACUGCCUGUGGCGGCCAGCAUCGCUUCUAGCAGCUGGCAGCAUUUUGCGGAAGUUGCUUGCAUAGUGGAAGGAGACUUCACAGGUGUACUCCUUCCAGAACUAGUGGUCUCUAUAGUGCUUCUGCUCAGUAAAAAUGCUAGUCUCAUGCAAGAAGCUGGAGCUAUACCUCUGCUUGGCGGUCUCCUGGAGCACCUGGACCGUUUCAACCACUUAGCACCAGGAAAGGAGCGGGAUGAUCAUGAAGAAUUGGCCUGGCCUGGGAUAAUGGAGUCAUUUUUCACUGGCCAGAACUGUAGAAAUAAUGAAGAGGUGACACUGAUUCGCAAAGCUGAUUUGGAGAACCACAAUAAAGAUGGCGGUUUCUGGACUGUAAUUGAUGGAAAAGUGUAUGACAUAAAAGACUUCCAGACACAGUCAUUAACAGGAAAUAGUAUACUUGCUCAGUUUGCAGGGGAAGAUCCAGUGGUAGCUUUGGAAGCAGCUUUGCAGUUUGAAGACACCCAGGAAUCUAUGCAUGCAUUCUGUGUUGGCCAGUAUUUGGAGCCUGACCAAGAAGUUGUUACCAUACCAGAUCUGGGAAGUUUGUCUUCACCCCUGAUUGACACAGAGAGGAACCUGGGCCUGCUUCUUGGAUUACAUGCUUCCUAUUUAGCAAUGAGCACACCACUGUCUCCUGUGGAGGUUGAAUGUGCCAAGUGGCUGCAGUCAUCGAUUUUCUCUGGGGGUCUACAGACCAGCCAGAUUCAUUACAGCUACAAUGAAGAGAAAGAUGAGGACCACUGUAGCUCUCCUGGGGGCACACCCAUCAGCAAGUCCCGACUGUGUUCUCACAGAUGGGCUCUGGGUGAUCAUUCUCAGGCAUUCUUGCAAGCCAUCGCAGACAAUAACAUCCAGGACCACAAUGUAAAGGACUUUCUGUGUCAAAUUGAAAGGUACUGUAGACAGUGCCACUUGACCACACCGAUCACAUUUCCUCCAGAGCAUCCUGUGGAAGAGGUUGGCCGUCUACUGUUAUGCUGCCUCCUAAAACAUGAAGAUUUAGGUCAUGUGGCAUUAUCUUUAGUUCAUGUAGGUACACUUGGUAUUGAGCAAGUAAAGCACAGAAUAUUGCCUAAAUCUGUGGUGGAUGUUUGUAGAGUUGUCUAUCAAGCAAAAUGUUCACUCAUAAAGACUCACCAAGAACAGGGCCGUUCCUACAAGGAGGUGUGUGCUCCUGUCAUUGAACGCUUGAGAUUUCUCUUCAAUGAAUUGAGGCCUGCUGUAUGUAGUGACCUCUCUAUAAUGUCUAAGUUUAAGCUGUUAGGCUCAUUACCCCGCUGGAGGAGGAUAGCUCAGAAGAUCAUUCGAGAAAGAAGGAAAAAGAGAGUUCCUAAGAAACCAGAAUCUACUGAUGGUGAAGAAAAAAUUGGGAAUGAAGAAAGUGAUUUAGAAGAAGCUUGUGUUUUACCUCAUAGUCCUAUAAAUGUAGACAAAAGACCCAUUUCCAUGAAGUCCCCCAAGGAUAAAUGGCAGCCACUGUUGAAUACAGUUACAGGGGUUCAUAAAUACAAAUGGUUAAAGCAAAAUGUGCAGGGCCUUUACCCACAGUCUGCACUCCUCAAUACAAUUGUUGAAUUUGCCCUUAAGGAAGAGCCGGUAGAUGUGGAAAAAAUGAGAAAGUGCCUACUGAAACAGUUGGAGAGAGCAGAGGUUCGUCUGGAAGGGAUAGAUACAAUUUUGAAACUGGCAGCCAAAAGUUUCUUACUUCCUUCUGUGCAGUAUGCUAUGUUUUGUGGAUGGCAAAGACUUAUUCCUGAAGGAAUUGAUAUAGGGGAGCCACUUACAGACUGCUUGAAGGAUGUGGAUUUGAUCCCACCUUUCAAUCGGAUGCUGCUGGAAGUAACUUUUGGCAAGCUGUAUGCUUGGGCAGUUCAGAAUAUUCGAUAUGUUCUGAUGGAUGCAAGUGCCAAAUUUAAAGAGCUGGGUAUUCAGCCUGUUCCCCUCCAAACCAUUACCAAUGAGAACCCAGCGGGACCAAGUCUGGGGACCAUUCCACAAGCCCGGUUCCUUCUGGUGAUGUUGAGCAUGCUCACCCUGCAGCACGGUGCAAACAACCUCGACCUCCUGCUCAACUCAGGCACGCUGGCACUCACACAGACAGCACUAAGGCUGAUUGGCCCUACUUCUGACAGUGUUGAGGAAGACAUGAAUGCUUCUGCCCGGGGAGCCUCUGCUACAGUGUUGGAAGAAACAAGGAAGGAAACUGCUCCUGUUCAGCUACCUGUUUCAGGGCCAGAACUGGCUGCUAUGAUGAAGAUUGGAACAAGGGUCAUGAGAGGUGUAGAUUGGAAGUGGGGUGACCAGGAUGGGCCUCCGCCAGGCCUAGGCCGUGUAAUUGGUGAGCUGGGAGAGGAUGGUUGGAUCAGGGUCCAGUGGGACACAGGCAGCACUAACUCAUACAGGAUGGGAAAAGAAGGAAAGUAUGACCUCAAGCUGGUAGAGCUGCCCGUGUCAUCACAGCCUGCGGCAGAGGACUCGGACACAGAGGAUGACUCCGAAGCCGAACAAAGUGAAAGGAACAUUCACCCCACAGCGAUGAUGCUGACCAGCGUUGUUAACUUACUGCAGACUCUGUGUCUCUCUGUUGGAGUUCAUGCUGAUGUCAUGCAGAGUGAGGCCACCAAGACUUUGUGUGGACUUCUUCGAAUGAUAGUGGAAAGCGGAACAGAUAAGCCGUCUCCUCCAGACAGACUGGUAGCCAGGGAGCAGCACCGGAGCUGGUGUACACUGGGCUUCGUCCGGAGCAUUGCACUCACCCCACAGGCCUGUGGUGCUCUCAGCUCCCCAAGAUGGAUCACUCUGCUCAUGAAGGUUGUGGAAGGCCAUGCACCCUUCACUGCUGCUUCGCUGCAGAGGCAGAUCUUAGCUGUUCAUUUACUGCAAGCAGUUCUUCCAUCAUGGGACAAGACAGAAAGGGCACAGGACAUGAAGUGCCUUGUGGAAAAGCUGUUUGGCUUCUUGGGCAGUUUGCUCACUACUUGUUCUUCUGAUGUCCCAUUACUUAGAGAAUCCACACUGAGGAAGCGGAGGGCCCGACCCCAGGCUUCCUUGACUGCUACCCACAGCAGCACUCUGGCUGAAGAGGUGGUGGGGCUGCUGCGCACUCUGCACUCCCUGACCCAGUGGAAUGGCCUCAUCAACAAAUACAUUAACUCCCAGCUUUGCUCUGUCACACACAGCUGUGCCGGGAGGACAUCAGAAAGGGCCCUGUUAGAAGACUACUUCCCAGACUCUGAGAACCUUGAAGUCGGGGGCCUCAUGGCAGUCCUUGCUGUGAUUGGAGGGAUUGAUGGUCGACUGCGCCUGGGAGGCCAGGUCAUGCAUGAUGAGUUUGGAGAGGGCACAGUGACGCGUAUCACCCCGAAGGGCAGAAUCACUGUGCAGUUCUGUGAUAUGCGGAUGUGCCGAGUUUGCCCAUUGAAUCAGCUCAAACCGCUCCCUGCCGUGGCCUUUAGUGUAAACAACCUGCCUUUCAUGGAGCCCAUGCUGUCUGUCUGGGCUGAGUUGGUGAACCUUGCUGGAAGCAAAUUGGAAAAGCACAAAACAAAGAAAUCAGCAAAACAGGCCUUUGCAGGACAAGUAGACUUGGACCUGCUGCGGAGCCAGCAGUUAAAGCUGUACAUCCUGAAAGCAGGACGGGCACUGCUUUCUCACCAAGACAAACUAAGGCAAAUACUGUCUCAGCCAGCAGUUCAGGAGACUGGAACUCUUCAUUCAGAUGAUGGAGCUGCUGCAUCCCCUGACCUUGGGGACAUGUCACCUGAAGGGCCACAGCCUCCCAUGAUCCUCUUGCAGCAGUUACUGUCAUCAGCCACCCAGCCAUCCCCUGUGAAGGCUAUAUUUGAUAAACAGGAACUUGAGGCUGCAGCUUUGGCCCUCUGUCAGUGUUUGGCUGUGGAAUCCACACAUCCUUCAAGUCCAGGGUGUGAAGACUGCAGCUCCAGUGAGGCCACAACUCCAGUCUCCGUACAGCAUAUCCAUCUUGCUAGGGCAAAGAAGCGCAGGCAGUCACCAGCUCCUGCUCUGCCUAUUGUGGUGCAGCUCAUGGAAAUGGGGUUUCCUAGGAAGAAUAUAGAGUUUGCUCUGAAGUCGCUCACUGGCACCUCUGGGAAUACAUCUGGUUUGCCCGGUGUGGAAGCCUUGGUUGGGUGGCUGCUAGACCACUCUGAUGUCCAGGUUACAGACUUCUCCGAUGCAGAAACAGUAUCUGACGAGUAUUCAGAUGAGGAGGUGGUGGAGGAUAUGGACGAUACCCCUUACCCUGUGGCUGCUGGUGCUGUUGUGACUGAGAGCCAGACUUACAAGAAACGUGCUGAUUUCCUGAGUAAUGAUGAUUACGCUGUGUAUGUGAGAGAGAACGUUCAGGUGGGAAUGAUGGUUAGAUGCUGUCGAACAUAUGAAGAAGUAUGUGAAGGUGAUGUGGGCAAAGUCAUCAAACUGGAUAGAGAUGGAUUACAUGACCUUAAUGUGCAGUGUGAUUGGCAGCAGAAAGGGGGCACUUACUGGGUUAGGUAUAUUCAUGUUGAACUUAUAGGCUAUCCUCCACCGAGUUCUUCUUCUCACAUCAAGAUCGGUGACAAAGUACGGGUCAAAGCUUCUGUUACCACUCCGAAAUACAAGUGGGGAUCUGUAACUCACCAAAGUGUGGGGCUUGUGAAAGCUUUCAGUGCCAAUGGGAAAGACAUCAUUGUGGACUUCCCCCAGCAGUCUCACUGGACUGGACUGCUGUCAGAAAUGGAGUUGGUGCCUAGUAUUCAUCCAGGGGUUACGUGUGAUGGCUGUCAGACUUUUCCUAUCAAUGGAUCCAGAUUCAAAUGCAGAAACUGUGAUGACUUUGAUUUUUGUGAAACAUGUUUCAAGACAAAAAAACACAAUACGAGGCAUACCUUCGGCAGGAUAAACGAGCCAGGGCAGUCUGCAGUGUUUUGUGGUCGUUCUGGAAAGCAGCUGAAACGAUGUCACAGUAGUCAGCCUGGAAUGCUACUAGACAGCUGGUCCCGAAUGGUGAAGAGCCUGAAUGUGUCAUCCUCUGUAAACCAGGCUUCUCGUCUCAUUGAUGGCAGUGAGCCUUGUUGGCAGUCAUCUGGGUCACAAGGAAAGCAUUGGAUCCGUUUGGAGAUUUUUCCAGAUGUUCUUGUUCAUAGAUUAAAAAUGAUAGUAGAUCCAGCGGACAGUAGCUACAUGCCAUCCCUGGUUGUGGUGUCAGGUGGAAAUUCCUUAAAUAACUUAAUUGAAUUAAAGACAAUUAAUAUCAAUCAAACUGACACCACUGUGUCCCUGCUGAAUGACUGUGCAGAGUAUCACAGGUACAUUGAGAUUGCAAUAAAGCAGUGCCGGAGCUCAGGCAUUGACUGUAAAAUCCAUGGUCUCAUCCUGCUGGGACGCAUUCGCGCUGAGGAGGAAGAUUUGGCUGCAGUUCCUUUUCUGGCUUCAGAUAAUGAGGAGGAGGAUGAUGACAAGGGCAGUACCGGGAGUCUUAUUAGAAAGAAGAGUGCUGGGUUGGAAUCAACAGCUACAAUAAGAACCAAAGUGUUUGUGUGGGGACUGAAUGACAAGGACCAGCUGGGUGGGCUCAAAGGCUCUAAGAUAAAGGUUCCUUCAUUCUCUGAGACUCUGUCUGCUCUGAAUGUGGUUCAGGUGGCCGGUGGUUCUAAGAGCUUGUUUGCAGUGACUGUGGAAGGGAAGGUGUAUUCUUGUGGAGAAGCCACAAAUGGCCGGCUAGGGCUGGGUAUGUCUAGUGGGACGGUUCCUAUUCCUCGGCAGAUUACAGCCCUCAGCAGCUAUGUGGUCAAGAAGGUAGCGGUUCACUCAGGUGGCCGGCAUGCUACAGCCUUAACCGUGGAUGGGAAAGUAUUUUCAUGGGGUGAAGGUGAUGAUGGAAAACUUGGACACUUCAGCAGAAUGAACUGUGACAAGCCAAGGCUGAUAGAGGCCCUGAAAACCAAGCGUAUCAGGGAUAUAGCUUGUGGGAGUUCUCACAGUGCAGCCCUGACAUCCAGUGGAGAACUGUACACCUGGGGCCUUGGCGAGUAUGGCCGACUGGGACACGGAGAUAAUACAACACAGCUGAAGCCAAAAAUGGUAAAAGUCCUUCUUGGUCACAGAGUAAUCCAGGUUGCAUGUGGAAGCAGAGAUGCACAGACACUGGCUCUGACCGAUGAAGGUUUGGUGUUUUCCUGGGGUGAUGGUGAUUUUGGAAAAUUGGGCCGAGGAGGAAGUGAAGGCUGUAAUGUUCCCCAGAACAUUGAGAGACUAAAUGGCCAGGGGGUCUGCCAGAUUGAGUGUGGAGCUCAGUUUUCCUUGGCCCUCACCAAGUCGGGAGUGGUGUGGACAUGGGGGAAAGGGGACUACUUCAGACUGGGCCAUGGCUCUGAUGUGCACGUGCGGAAGCCUCAGGUGGUGGAAGGACUGAGAGGGAAAAAGAUUGUGCAUGUGGCAGUUGGAGCCCUGCAUUGCCUGGCAGUCACAGACUCAGGACAGGUAUAUGCUUGGGGGGACAAUGACCAUGGCCAGCAAGGCAAUGGCACAACUACAGUUAACAGAAAGCCCACACUUGUGCAAGGCCUAGAAGGCCAGAAGAUCACUCGAGUGGCUUGUGGGUCAUCGCAUAGUGUAGCAUGGACAACAGUGGAUGUAGCUACACCUUCUGUCCAUGAGCCUGUCCUCUUCCAGACGGCAAGAGACCCGCUAGGUGCUUCCUAUUUAGGUGUGCCUUCAGAUGCUGAUUCUUCUUCUUCCAGCAAUAAGAUAAGUGGCACAAAUAACUGCAAGCCUAAUCGCCCCUCCCUUGCCAAGAUUCUCCUGUCACUGGAAGGAAACCUGGCCAAGCAGCAGGCUUUAUCACAUAUCCUUACAGCACUGCAGAUCAUGUAUGCCAGAGAUGCAGUGGUUGGAGCCCUGAUGCCAGCUGGCAUGCUUGCCCCAGUGGAAUGCCCCUCAUUCUCCUCAGCACCUGCUUCUGAUGUGUCAGCAAUGGCCAGCCCCAUGAAUGUAGAAGAAGGCAUGCUGGGUGCUGAGCUCGAGGACAGACUGAGUCCGAAUCUUUGGCAAGAAAAGAGAGAGAUGGUUUCUUCUGAGGAUGUUGUGACCCCCUCUGCAGUGACACCAUCUGCUCCCUCAGCCUCCUCUCGGCCAUUUAUCCCAGUGACAGAUGACCCGGGAGCUGCUAGCAUCAUUGCAGAAACCAUGACUAAAACCAAAGAGGAUGUUGAAAGUCAAAAUAAAACAUCGGGUCCAGAGCCCCAGUCCUUGGAUGAGUUCACUAGUCUGCUGAUCCCUGAUGACACCAGGGUGGUGGUGGACCUGCUCAAGCUGUCAGUAUGCAGCCGGGCUGGAGACAGGGGCAGGGAUGUGCUUUCAGCUGUGCUGUCUGGCAUGGGCACUGCCUACCCACAGGUGGCAGACAUGUUGCUGGAGCUCUGUGUCACCGAGUUAGAAGAUGUAGCCACAGAUUCACAGAGUGGCCGUCUUUCCUCCCAGCCUGUGGUGGUAGAGAGUAGCCACCCCUAUACAGAUGACACGUCCACUAGUGGCACAGUGAAGAUACCAGGUGCAGAAGGACUCAGGGUGGAAUUUGACCGGCAGUGCUCCACAGAGAGGCGCCACGAUCCUCUCACUGUCAUGGAUGGUGUCAACAGGAUUGUGUCGGUGCGGUCAGGUCGAGAAUGGUCUGACUGGUCCAGUGAACUGCGUAUCCCUGGUGAUGAGCUAAAGUGGAAGUUCAUCAGUGAUGGGUCUGUGAAUGGGUGGGGCUGGCGCUUCACAGUUUAUCCCAUCAUGCCAGCCGCAGGCCCUAAGGACCUACUCUCCGAUCGCUGUGUCCUCUCCUGUCCAUCCAUGGACCUAGUGACCUGUCUCCUGGACUUCCGACUCAAUCUCACCUCUAACAGAAGCAUUGUCCCUCGUCUUGCUGCCUCUCUGGCUGCGUGUGCUCAGCUGAGUGCCCUAGCUGCCAGCCAUAGGAUGUGGGCUCUUCAGAGGCUGAGGAGACUGCUCACCACAGAAUUUGGACAGUCAAUUAACAUAAACAGGCUGCUGGGAGAAAAUGAUGGGGAAACAAGAGCUUUGAGCUUCACAGGUAGUGCUCUUGCUGCUUUGGUGAAAGGCCUUCCAGAAGCUUUGCAAAGGCAGUUUGAAUAUGAAGACCCUAUUGUGAGAGGUGGCAAACAGCUGCUCCAUAGUCCAUUCUUUAAGGUACUAGUGGCUCUUGCUUGUGACCUGGAAUUAGACACACUCCCUUGCUGUGCAGAGACCCACAAAUGGGCUUGGUUCCGAAGAUAUUGUAUGGCCUCCCGUGUUGCUGUGGCCCUGGACAAAAGAACACCGUUGCCUCGUCUGUUUCUAGAUGAGGUCGCUAAGAAAAUUCGUGAGUUAAUGGCAGACAGUGAAAAUAUGGAUGUUCUCCACGAAAGCCACAGCAUCUUUAAAAGAGAGCAAGAUGAACAACUUGUGCAGUGGAUGAACAGGCGGCCAGAUGACUGGACACUCUCUGCUGGUGGUAGUGGAACCAUUUAUGGAUGGGGCCAUAAUCAUAGGGGGCAGCUUGGAGGAAUCGAAGGUGCAAAAGUGAAAGUUCCUACUCCUUGUGAAGCACUUGCAACUCUCAGACCAGUGCAGUUAAUUGGAGGAGAGCAGACACUGUUUGCUGUGACAGCUGAUGGCAAGCUCUAUGCUACUGGCUAUGGUGCCGGUGGAAGAUUGGGGAUUGGAGGGACAGAGUCAGUGUCUACUCCAACACUGCUGGAGUCCAUUCAACAUGUGUUCAUUAAGAAAGUUGCUGUGAACUCAGGAGGAAAACAUUGCCUUGCUCUCUCUUCAGAAGGAGAAGUUUACUCUUGGGGUGAGGCAGAAGAUGGGAAGUUGGGACAUGGCAACAGAAGUCCAUGUGACCGCCCUCGUGUCAUUGAGUCUCUGAGAGGAAUUGAAGUGGUUGAUGUUGCUGCAGGUGGAGCCCAUAGUGCCUGUGUUACAGCAGCUGGAGACCUCUACACAUGGGGCAAAGGCCGAUAUGGCCGCCUGGGGCACAGUGACAGUGAGGACCAGUUAAAGCCAAAACUGGUGGAAGCACUACAGGGCCACCGUGUCAUAGACAUUGCCUGUGGCAGUGGUGAUGCCCAGACACUGUGCCUCACUGAUGAUGAUACUGUCUGGUCCUGGGGAGAUGGAGACUAUGGCAAGCUUGGCCGAGGAGGCAGUGACGGUUGCAAAGUGCCUAUGAAGAUUGAUUCUCUUACUGGCCUUGGAGUAGUUAAAGUGGAAUGUGGAUCUCAGUUUUCGGUCGCACUUACCAAGUCUGGAGCUGUUUAUACAUGGGGCAAAGGUGAUUAUCAUCGUCUGGGCCAUGGGUCCGAUGACCAUGUUCGGAGACCUCGGCAGGUCCAAGGGUUGCAGGGGAAGAAAGUCAUUGCUAUCGCCACUGGCUCCCUGCACUGUGUGUGCUGCACAGAGGAUGGUGAAGUUUACACUUGGGGCGACAAUGAUGAGGGCCAGCUAGGAGAUGGAACAACAAAUGCUAUUCAGAGACCUCGAUUGGUAGCUGCUCUUCAGGGUAAGAAGGUCAAUCGUGUGGCCUGUGGUUCUGCACACACCCUUGCCUGGUCAACCAGCAAGCCAGCCAGCGCCGGCAAGCUCCCUGCACAGGUACCCAUGGAAUACAACCAUUUACAGGAGAUCCCUAUCAUUGCCCUAAGGAACCGACUGCUGCUGCUACAUCACAUCUCAGAGCUCUUUUGUCCCUGCAUCCCCAUGUUUGACUUAGAGGGCUCUCUUGAUGAAACUGGACUCGGGCCUUCAGUUGGGUUUGACACGCUUCGAGGGAUCUUAAUAUCUCAGGGAAAGGAAGCAGCUUUCCGAAAGGUAGUACAAGCAACCAUGGUGCGAGAUCGCCAGCACGGGCCUGUGGUGGAGCUGAACCGCAUCCAGGUUAAGCGCUCCAGGAGUAAAGGUGGCUUAGCCGGUCCAGAUGGCACCAAGUCUGUCUUUGGGCAGAUGUGUGCUAAGAUGAGUUCCUUUAGUCCUGAUAGCCUUCUCCUUCCUCACCGAGUCUGGAAAGUCAAGUUUGUUGGUGAAUCUGUGGAUGACUGUGGGGGUGGCUACAGCGAGUCUAUAGCAGAGAUUUGUGAGGAGUUACAAAAUGGACUCACUCCCCUUCUGAUUGUGACUCCCAACGGCAGGGAUGAAUCUGGUGCCAACAGAGACUGUUACCUGUUGAACCCUGCUACCCGGGCGCCUGUUCACUGCAGCAUGUUUCGCUUCCUAGGGGUGUUACUGGGCAUUGCCAUCCGAACUGGGAGUCCGCUGAGUUUGAAUCUCGCUGAGCCUGUUUGGAAGCAGCUGGCUGGGAUGAGCCUCACCAUUGCAGACCUCAGUGAGGUUGAUAAAGAUUUUAUUCCUGGGCUCAUGUACAUUCGUGAUAAUGAAGCCACUUCAGAGGAGUUUGAGGCCAUGAGCCUGCCCUUCACAGUGCCAAGUGCUAGUGGCCAGGACAUCCAGCUAAGCUCCAAGCACACACACAUUACCCUGGAAAACCGUGCAGAGUAUGUCCGGCUGGCAAUAAACUACAGGCUCCAUGAAUUUGAUGAGCAAGUGGCUGCUGUCCGUGAAGGGAUGGCCCGAGUUGUGCCUGUACCUCUUCUCUCUCUUUUCACUGGAUAUGAGCUGGAGACAAUGGUGUGUGGGAGUCCAGACAUCCCACUGCAUCUUUUAAAAUCAGUGGCAACAUAUAAAGGGAUUGAGCCAUCUGCAUCCUUGGUCCAGUGGUUCUGGGAGGUGAUGGAAUCUUUCUCUAACACGGAACGCUCCCUCUUUCUGCGCUUUGUGUGGGGCCGGACAAGGCUGCCCAGGACCAUUGCUGACUUCCGGGGCAGAGACUUUGUCAUCCAGGUCCUGGAUAAGUACAACCCUCCUGAUCACUUCCUUCCCGAAUCCUACACAUGCUUCUUUCUGCUGAAGUUGCCCAGGUACUCCUGCAAGCAGGUGCUUGAGGAGAAACUGAAGUAUGCUAUCCACUUUUGCAAGUCCAUAGACACAGAUGACUAUGCUCGAAUAGCUCUCACGGGAGAACCAGCUGCCGACGACAGCAGCGAGGACUCAGACAAUGAGGAUGCAGACUCUUUUGCUUCAGACUCUACACAAGAUUACUUGACAGGACACUAAGAUGGAAGUGCCAUCAGGAAGAAAUGUGGCUGAACAAGCAGGAAGAGUCCUGCUGUGUAAAUUGUAAAUGUUGAAUGCAUUUGAGGAGGAAGAGAGAAAGACUGGCUGUCUGAGAUCCUGUGUGGUAGGACAGCAGAAAGAUGAUCCUGUGCAUGAGGAACACUGUGGGGCACUUCUUUCCCAUCAUGCUGCAUUACCUAUAGGGCCCAGUGUUUACUACAGUGCAAAUGUUUAUAUGGACACACAACAGCAUCACAAAAAUAAACCCUUUCUACUUGUGGGUGCAAUAGAUUCUUCCUUAUCCCUUUGCAGUGUCAUCUUGAUUGUAUAUUGAAAAUACUGUGUAAUGAUGAAAUUGUAUUAUUUUAAAUAUUUCAACUAAUUUUACUCUGAAUUUGUUUAUUAAAAGCUUUUUAAAACAUUAAAUUAUUAUUUCUUGAAUGCAUUUAGAAGUUACUUAAAUCAAAACGGGAAAAAAAAUGCCAUUCAGUCCUCCUCUUCCCCAGGAGGAUUAUGCAUUAUGUGAUUGGAAUUGAGGCAUUUUGGUAGACAGUAUCAUAAUUUCAAUCAUGGAAAGUGUACCAUAUUUAAUGUUUGUGUCAUGUAUAUGCCAAAAGUUUAAUCCCCUAUAAAUAAAACAUGUGUCACAAAA